UCGUAGCUACAAUCAAUUGUAAGCAUUUGCAAUCGAAAUUACAAUCGCGAUCGUAACUCUUACAACUCUUGCACAAAAGCGAUUGUAGCACAGUUGUAACUCAUCUCAUUUUACAAUUGCGAUCGUAAGUUACAAUCGUAAUCUUCUGUGCUGAAGAUAGGAUUAUCCAUAGCAACAUAGACAACAAUUUAGAGUUACGUCCCUUGACUGCAUAGGGCAGACGAUCGCUUGAUCAUAACAAUGUCGUCGCCUCCGAGUAAAAAAGUCAGAAAAAGUAAUUAUUCUGCGCAAGAAAUCGAAAUCCUUACUGAAGAUAUAGGGAAACACAAUUCCGUGUUAUCUGCAGCUUUUUCAAGCAGUAUUACACACAAAAUCAAGAAUGGAAUAUGGGAAAAAAUCGCAGACAGGGUAAAUGCUGCCAGUUCAGCCCAUAGAUCCGGUGCUGACCUGAGGAAAAAAUGGAAUGAGCUGAAAUGUCAAACUAGAAAGAAGGCAAUGUCUCAAAAAAGAGAGCUGGUGAAAACGGGUGGAGGACCUGCACCCCCGCCCAUGUCACAAGUUGAAGAGAAGGUCAUCUCCCUUAUUCCUAAGUGUCAGGUGGAAGGCAUUGUUGGAGGGCUGGAAACUGGAGGGUUUGAAAACGAAAUUAUUCAAAUAUUGGAUGUGCCACAGUCUCCGCUGAUGCAAAGAGGUCUUGAUCUUGUUAAGAUGUAUCUACCAGAGGAAGGACAACUGACAGCAUCAACAUCAGCAUCUAGAGCCACAACAGCAGCGGGUCAGUUCACAGCAGGACCUCGGAACACAACAGAAGCCUCUGCCUCAGCAACCCCAUCAGUUAACCAACAACUCCCUAUUGAAUCAAAAAGUGAAAAAGUGUCCAGACAGAAGACAACGACUGGAAAUGAAAUCAUACAAAUUGAAAAUAAGAAGCUCCAGGCCAUGAGGGAAUUUUUUGAUGAUGUGUCAUCCAAAUUAGACAACAUUAUUGAUUUACAGAGGCGAAAAUUGCAGUUGGAGGAGGAGAAGAUCAAGAUUCUUAAAUCCACAGAGAACUUGUCUACCAAAACCCCGUCACCUCGAAAUAUAUUCAAAUUGCUUGAACUAUAAUGUACCACCUGAUAAAAUUUAAAUCAGUAAGUUAUUGACAUGAUUUCAGGAUUUAUGAAAAUAAUACAGACUUUUGUAUUUGUCAAAAAAUACAUAGCUAAGAAAAACAACAGGAUUAACAAAUUUCACAAAAAAUGGAGGUUUGCACUUUGUCUUUCUAUACCCAUCCUGAUAUUAUCACACUUUGAAAAUUUGAACUCUUUGUUGCUGAUGUAUAACUAACCC